AUGUCUGCUUCUCCACCCACGUCGUCGCCUUCGUCGUCGGCCGCCGGCGUCCCUCUGCUGAGUGCUGCCCCGUUGUCGACCUACAGCCACGGAGAUUGCACUGCCUGUCACUCCCUUGGUCGAUCUAUACCGGCCGCGGCUCCAUACUCCGAUUCGCAGCCAUCUCUAUCGGAACGCGCGCGCAUUAUCCAGGCUGCUCAAGUCACCGCGGCCCUCGAUCACGAGGUGCUGGAUCUCUGGGGCCGUCUUGACGUCGCCCAGGAUCUUCUUGAAGCAUCUGGUCGCCACACUGCAAGUCUUCAUCGAGCCAUCCAUGAUCGCGAUCUGGAGGCUCAACGCGUGCGCAACGAAACCGACGGUCGUCUCCGAGAUCUCCAGCAGGCCCUGAACACCGAAGUAGAACGCCGUCAGCAAGCCGAAGCUGCUGAACAACAAGUACGCGCAGAUCUCGCACGGGUCGCCGCUCGCUCAGCUGAUGCCGAUGAAGUCACUCUGUCCGAUGCAGCCUCGCCCUCUAACGUCGUCCCCAGUCAGUUGGAGAUCGCCCUCGGAGAUCUGGAUGAUCUACGAGCCGAGCUGGCCGAUAUCAAGGCUACCUGGACCCCUCCUCCCUCUGCAUCGGUGACCCCAGGUGGCCGACUGUUGGCCGCCAGCGAAGCUGCCACUGAUGAUGAUCGGACGAGUGAUGGACGCGCGGGACGUGCCCUGCAACGAUCCAAUGCCGAACGAGACAGAUCUCGCAAUCAAUUGCGCCAAGCCGAGGCGACAAUCGACAGGUUGCAGACCGAGUUGGCGCAAUCGCGCACGCUGGUCAACAAAGCAGCGCCACGGAUGGACGCCCUUCGCUUGGAUGCGUCCAAAGCUCGUGAGGACGCAGAAGCAGCACGACGAGAAGCGGCGGCGGCGUCGAAGAAGGCGCAAGACGGUGGUAAGUCGUCCCAAGUGCUGAGGUUGUUGAUGUUGCAUCAUUAA